AAGCUCAGUUUGGUUUUCAGGAAAAUGAAAAUUUUGAAUUUUCUCUUCAUGGGUUUCUUUUAAUUGACAUUCUCAACUUUCAACUUUGUUGGGGUCACCUUUUUUUUUUUUUUUUUCUCAGUCAAAUUCCAAGUAAUGCAAUACAUGAUUUCUAAACCUGUUCUUUCUUCUCCUAUUAUGUGUUUUCUCUGCAAGCUAGAUUGAGGCUUGGAGAGAUCAAUUUCUGGCUCUUUGCUCUUUGUAUAAUUCUCCCUUUUGAUUCUCCUUGAAGUAUUGAUACACGUAAUACCUGAUGGAUUGUAUUUGACUAAGAUUAAAAGCCACCUGGUGUUAUGCAUUGUGGUGUAUUGUGGCCUCAGUGCUGAUGUGUGUGAAUGAGAAUCUUUGGAGUUUAGAUAGUCUUUGCUUGGUUGACUAUUCUGGAAACUACAGAAUUGCAUUUGAGAUCUAUUCUGCCUAAAGGAGGAACCUUGUCCUUUGACCAUACUGGAUGUCUUCUAUCUGAAUUAGAGAAAAUGGGGGGUUGUGUCUCGACUAGCAGUCUGAGUAAUUAUAGUAGCCGGAGCAAUGGGGAGGCAGUUCCACCUGCGUGUUUGGGGAUUGGAUUCUGGGGGCAAAAGAGAACAUUCUCUGACCAUGGUGUCGCAGUGCAGCAUUUACCCUCAAUACCCAACAGGAUUUUCACAAAUGGAAAGAGCAGAAGCGCUUGUGUAUUCACUCAACAAGGUCGCAAAGGAAUUAACCAGGAUGCCAUGAUUGUAUGGGAGGAUUUCAUGUCAGAAGAUUUGACUUUUUGCGGGGUCUUUGAUGGCCAUGGUCCACAUGGUCAUCUUGUUGCUCGCAAAGUGAGGGAUGCCCUUCCACUCAAGCUGCUUUCCUUCUUGCAUUCUUAUCAAUCAAGGGAAAAUGGGUCAGGUACAGCGUGUUUCAAAGGGAAUUUGAGGAAAUCAGAUGCCAGAGAUUAUGAGAAAGAUGGUUCAGCUGAGGAUAAAUUAAAUACUUUAUGGAGAGGAUCAUUCCUAAAAGCGUACAAGGCCAUGGAUAAAGAGUUGAGAUCCCAUCCCAAUUUGGACUGCUUUUGCAGUGGUAGCACUGCUGUAACUAUAGUGAAACAGGGAUCUAAUCUUUUCAUGGGAAAUAUUGGUGAUUCACGAGCAAUUAUGGGAUCUAAGGACAAGAAUGAUUCAAUGGUGGCAAUCCAGUUAACAGUUGAUCUUAAGCCUGAUUUGCCAAGGGAAGCUGAAAGGAUUAAAAGGUGCAAAGGUAGGGUCUUUGCGUUGCAAGAUGAGCCUGAAGUACCAAGAGUGUGGUUGCCAUUUGAUGAUGCCCCUGGGCUAGCAAUGGCUCGAGCUUUUGGGGACUUCUGUUUGAAGGAAUAUGGUGUGAUCUCUAUACCUGAGUUUUCCCACCGAAUCCUCACAGAAAGAGAUCAGUUUAUUGUUCUUGCCUCUGAUGGGGUUUGGGAUGUAUUGAGCAAUGAAGAGGUGGUUGAGAUUGUAUCCUCAGCUCCAACUAGAGCAUCAGCUGCUAGGAUUUUGGUGGAAUCAGCUGCUCGCGAGUGGAAACUCAAAUACCCAACUUCAAAGAUGGAUGAUUGUGCGGUGGUCUGCCUAUUUUUGGAUGGGAAAAUGGACUCAGAAUCCGAUAAUGAAGAACAGGGCUUUUCUUCUGCAACCCUCAACCAUUCUGGUAAUGGAGUUGAAUCAGAUGAUGGUCAGAAAUCAGAACCAUCACUGCAUAGAAACUUCACUGUUAGAUCAUCUGAAGAAAACGACACUUACGGAACAAUACAACAAGAGUUUGAAGCCAAUGGGAAUAAUAUUGCAGCUGAGGAUCAAAAUUGGUCUGGUUUGGAAGGUGUGACACGAGUGAACUCACUUGUUCAACUUCCAAGAUUUUCUGAGGACAGGUCAAACCCGUCGUAAAUAUUUUGCAUUAUCUAGAUACAUGGUGUUACAUCUGGCUUUUUACCCUCAUUAAUCAGGAAAACCAAAUCUUUCUGGAUUAGUGACUGGUCUGCAGGUUAGUCAUUGCCACAUCCAUUUGUUCUGUUGUAUUGCCCAAAAAAUUUUAGGAAAACAGCUUUUUCUCAACUUUCUCAAGGGAUUAAAAUUGAUGAGUAUAGUUCUGUUAAUAUCAUUAACUUCCUUACAGAUGCUCUUAUUAUUGCGAUUUCAGUCUUUCAAUCAAGAAACAAGAAGUACCUGGGGUCCAGCUUUUGAAAUGAUCUUUUGCAAAAGCUGAAGCUGGGCCAAAUGUGGCUUUGUAAAAAGUUUAUCAUUUUUUAGAAGUUAUCUUCGGCCUCUGAAAAGCUAGAAUUUGAAGAUCUAAACCUCUACACUUCUAGAGUAAGAGCAACCUUUUGGUCCUAAAUUUCUGAAUUUGAUCAUUUAUAUCAUUUUCUUAACCUUUUUUUUUAUGCUCAUUCAAUAUAAAAUCAUUAUUUAU